AUCCAAAGAGUCGCACCAAAUUGUAGAAUUAGGGUUUUGAAUUCGGUGGGUGAGAGAGACAAAGAGGCAGAGAUCAGGGAGCCAUGGGUGGCGGAAAUGCUCAGAAAUCCAAGAUGGCCCGUGAGAAGAACUUGGAGAAGGCCAAAGCUGCCGGAAAAGGAAGUCAGCUUGAAGCCAACAAAAAAGCUAUGAACAUCCAGUGCAAGGUGUGCAUGCAAACUUUCAUUUGCACAACAUCUGAGGUGAAAUGCAGGGAACAUGCUGAAGCAAAACAUCCUAAAGCUGACGUGUUGGCCUGUUUCCCUCAUCUCAAGAAAUGAAAAAGGAAAGAAGGUUUUAAAGUGUGGUUGGUUGGUUACUGUGAAAUGUGGUUGAAUGAAUGAAUGAAUGAAUGAAUGACAGUAGUAUAUGUCUAUAAUAUGAAUAUCAUCAUGUCUGUGUUGUUGCAUCUUAUGUUUCAGAAGCUCUACUAAAAUGACACCUGCUUCUAAUUGCAUAUUCA